AUGGUAAGGAAAUUCCUGAAAGCAUGUAUGAAGAAGUGGAGAAGAACAGGGAGAAGAGUGAUACCCUGUGCGGCCGCGAGUGACAAGUGUUGCUCGUGGUCCCUGUGGCCGUUGGUGCACGAAGAGAAGAUCGUGCCAAGUGACGUCCCAAGGGGCCACUUGGUAGUGUACGUAGGAGAGUGUCACAAGCGAUUCGUGAUCAAAGUUAGCUUGCUCAAGCACCCGCUGUUUCAGGCAUUGCUGGAUCAAGCUCAGGAAGUGUAUGACUUCAAUGCUGAUUCAAAACUACGCAUCCCCUGCGACGAAAACAUCUUCCUCAGCGUUGUUCAGUGCGCGAAAUCUCCACCAGAGCGACGACUACCAAUCUGCCUAUGA